AUGGGAUUUAGCACGAUCAUCAACAUGAUUCACAUGAUAACAGAACACUAUAACAAGAGCUUUAAAGUCGGGCUAGUGAUCAUGUGGUUUAUUAAUUUUACCAUGGCUCUGUUGUGUGGCUGGAUGCUAGUCUUCGUACUGCUUUGGAAAAGUAAAAUCGAGCAGUUUCAACUAAACCCUCAGCUUAUACUACCAGUAUUACCACUGACAGUGUGCGGAUCGAGUGGUGCAUUUAUCUGUGAAGCCUUUACAGGCUACUCCAGCCGGAUUCAGCUGAUUCUCAUCAUUUUGACAUACCUGCUUUGGGCCAACUCCAUGAUGCUUGGGUUCAGUCUGAUCGCAAUAUUCUUCUGGAAGAUGCUUGUGUACAAGCUCCCUCCAAAGCAGCUCAUAUUUACCCCUUUUGCCCCAAUUGGUCUGAUCGGUCAUGGAGUCUGGGGUAUUUUACUCAACGGUAGCAAUCUCAGGCUCUAUCUUGAGAGCGAGGAUGUUAAGUUAUCGGUUGAUACGCAGCUCCUGGGGCUUGGGAUCCAGUACGUGACAGGAAUGGUGGCAUUAUUUUUGAUCUCAGUUGGAUUUUUUUUCACCUUUCUCGGUCUGGCAAUGUGGAUUGUAUACGGACUUCCAGCUUUCAACCGCACUUAUUGGAUUGUUCCGUUCCCGGUGUGCGCCCUGAGCCUGGGGAUUACCGAAUUUUACACCAUCUUUCACAUAGAAGCGUUCAGAGUGGUCGGCACGAUUUAUGCGGUUUUUGGGAUUUUGAUGGUGCUUGCAUGCUUGGCAGGCAGCCUGCUCUUCGAGGUCCCUUAUAGCGACAUAAAAUCUUAUAGGUGUAAGGAGUAA